AUGCAGCAGCAGCAGCAACGCAGCAGCAGCAGCAACGCAGCAGCAGCAGCAACACAGCAGCAGCAGCAGCAACGCAGCAGCAGCAGCAGCAACGCAGCAGCAGCAGCAGCAACGCAGCAGCAGCAGCAGCAACGCAACAGCAGCAGCAGCAACGUAGCAGCAGCAGCAGCAACGCAGCAGCAGCAGAAACGCAGCAGCAGCAGAGAGAUGAAAGGUGAUAGUGGGGGCAUCAGUGGCGAACCUUCUGCAGACACACAGCAGCAGCAGCAGCAGCACCAGCAACAGCAGCAGCAGCAACAGCAGCAGCAGCAGCAACGGCAAGAGCAGCAGCAACAGCAGCAACAGCAGCAGCAGCAGCAGCAGCAGCAGCAGCAGCAGCAGCAACAGCAGCAGCACUGUGUUUUGUUUUACUGCUUCUUCUAG